AUGCCAGGGCUCCCUUAUCAACACUCUGCUGCUACAGGUUCUCACCAUGGAAUGUUUGUCUCAACAACAGGUAGCUACCCCGGACACCAUGCUCACCACCACCACCACCACCUCCACCACCACCACUCAGAAGCCGGAACUCCCUCGCUUUUUACUGGACUCCACCAUGAGCAACCUUCCCAUGCAGCUCCAGGUGGCCAUCUAAACGGACAGAUAAGGCUGGGGCUACCUGGAGAAAUGUAUGCCAGGUCUGAACCUUUCACGCCAGUACCAGUCUCCAGGACAGAUCCUUUUGCUGCUUCCUCCUUCCACGGCUACGGUGGCAUGAACCUGAACGUGAAUUUAGCUCCACACCACGGCCCUGGGGCUUUCUUCCGCUACAUGAGGCAGCCCAUCAAGCAGGAGCUCAUCUGCAAGUGGAUCGAACUGGACCAGACUCCCAAAAAAUUAUGCUCGAAAACUUUCAGCACCAUGCACGAGCUGGUGACUCACGUCACCGUGGAGCACGUUGGAGGGCCGGAGCAGUCCAACCACAUUUGCUUCUGGGAAGAGUGUCCCAGAGAAGGGAAGCCUUUCAAGGCCAAAUACAAACUGGUCAACCACAUCCGAGUCCACACGGGGGAGAAACCUUUCCCUUGUCCUUUCCCGGGAUGCGGGAAAGUCUUCGCUCGCUCGGAAAAUCUUAAAAUCCACAAAAGGACGCACACAGGUCAGUAUGGAAAGGUCUUUCUUCAUUCGUGUUUUGUUCAACUAUCUGCUGCAUGUGCGAUCUCCCCACCCCACCCCCGCCCGCUAUAAUUCUACAUAGAAUUAAUACUAGCCAAUGAAGACCGAAUCAAUAGUUUGUUGAUUGUUGUCUUUCGUUUGAAGAAUUGAGGCGUGUGUGGAUGCAUAAUGCUGACGUGUAUGUGUAUAUGCGUAUGCAAGAAGGGUCUUCCAUGAUUUAGAUCGGGAUUUCCUGGAGAGGGGAGAGUUAAAAAGCCCUAUAGAGACGGAAAAGCAUCCAAUCUUGAUGCAAGCUCGCAAAUUAGGAGCGAACAAUGGAAGUUGCAACUUGUCUAGGCAGUUUUGAGUGAUGCUGCUGGGAUGCUGCUUCUGCCGCCUUCCUUGUGAGAAAAGCACAGCUGCAAGGUCCCCUCUUUUUGUUUUGUACGAGGAACCCUGCGAUGUUUCAUCCCAAGUCUUCGUAAGAGCCUUUUCCUUCUUAAACUGCUACGGAGAUUGAAAUAUGGGAAGGUGCUCUUUUGGAACCUGGGAAGGAAAGAGGGGAGUAGUGGUGUGUGCUUGGAGUUAAUUUUGUCUUCCUAGCCUGUUCCUUUUGAACGUUCAUUGGCCAGAAUUAUGAAGGAAAUUUUUGUCAUAAAUAGGAACAAUUUCUAGUUAACACAGAAAGGAAAGUUAUUUGAAGGGGAAGACCUUGCCAACACCCUCUUUGACCUCGGAAUCCACAGAAGCAUCUGUGGUGAAUGAAUGGAACUGGCGGUAUAAAGUUUUCAGACUUCCAAAUUCAGCCUGUGAAGUUGUACAGAGUUAGUUUAGCAGCCGGUCUUCUUAGCUUUUUAUUGCCUUCUCCACUCCACUCUUUCCUAUCUGACUCUCUUUCUCUCUCACACACACACCAGAAGAUAAUAAAUAAGCCCUUUUGGAAAAUUAAAUCCGUUCCACUGUGCAGUUUUUUUGCACACACACUCCACAGCCUUAUAAACUCCCAGGAAAACGACAUAAUCCUAUUGUAAGAUAUCCUUACAACCCAACGACUCUCUCUCUCUCUUUCUGCAGUUCUAAAAUGUCGUAGCCUUUACUGUAGUAUGGUUAAGUUCGUCCCCUCCCCCCCUCCAAAAACUACGUUUAAAAUAAAGCUGUGCAUUUGAUGGAGAAUAUUUUGUUACUUAUUUUAUUUAAAAUAUUAAUAAUGCGAAUGACACCAAGGCAUCUUCGUGUUAGGUAGGAAAGCACUGAAGAGCACAGUUCAUCCCUUAAUUACAGUGUUUUUCUUAAGUAAACAAACUUUUACUGCCCUUUAGCCGCCUUCUCCUUUGAAGUCUAUGAAGCAGAAAAUGGUCGGAUUCUUGGUAAAUUUGACCUACAUCAGUGCAACCAGUUGAGUGCCUGGGAAGGGUGCGGGCUUGGAGUUCAGCAUUCAAAAUGUACUACAUUAUGUAGUCGUUUCGCUUGAACUUCCCUGCUUAAUUAAUUUAUUUUUGCAGUGGUGGUGGGCUAGGCUUGGGGUGGAGAGAGGGAGAAGUGGAGGUGGAAUCCUUAGGCCUUAUUACAAUGCAGCGUUUUCGAUUGACCCACCCCGCCAUAAAUUCUCAAACCCAAAUGUUUCUGAAAUGGCAAUAGAACUUCCUGCAAAUUAUUCAUGAAGACAGUUCUAGAUUUAAACGAGAAAAUAAUUGCCUUCUCAAAUAUUAAUGACGUUGCGUUUCCCUGAGCCUGGGCAGACAGGAAUGGGUUUCUGGAGAUGAGAGAGAGAGAGAGAGAGAGAGAGAGAGGGAGGGAGAACGAACUUAAUUCACAAUAACGUAGCACAGGUAUCAAAAGAAGGAAAGCAAAAAUCACUUCCUUACCAUCAGAACUGGCCAAGGGACAAUUGUGACCAAGGUGGUGUUUAGGCCGCAGUAAGAGAGGUAUGUUUUAACUUGUAAUUUAUAGUGCUGGCGCUGGCAAGCUCAAUAUCCCUCCUCCCCUCCCCCUCGAGAAUUUUGCAAAUACUUUAAUCCAGUCCCAGAGUUGGGAGGAUUAUGCUAAAAUCUCCAAGCUGUACGUAUUGCUCUCCACAGCGAGUCCUGUGAGAGCUACAAGUGUGGGUAGAAAAUGGCGGUGUCGACUCGCUGCAGUGUGUGCGCGCGCGCGCCCUUGCCCCCAUUCGUCCUCAGUCCUCGCUUCCUCUCUUCCUCUCCCCCCCCCCCCAUCUCUCCACCCCCAAACACACACUUUCAAAAGUGCGGCGGGUCAGAGACAAACAUUCAAACUCAUUUCCUUUUGACCGAUACAUGUUUACGCGCUGGGAAUCCUAUCCUUUUAACAGGGAACUCUAGCAUUAACCCUAGGCCUGAAACCAUGCACAGAUAAUGCGCUGCAGCCAACAAGAAAGAGCCCCUUUCUGCAAUCAUAUAUUGUGGCCGGGGCCUUUAUUUACCCCUGCCAAGGUGCCGAGGUGUGGAAGGUGGGGGCGUAAAAGAAGCUGGCCAUUUUUAUUUAUUUUUUUGUUGCUGCUCGCGAGAAACAAGACCGGUCUUAUACCACGAUGUAACUCACUCCGCCCGAUCGCUGGGUUUAUGACGGGGCCUCUCCCCAGGGCCUCCUAACUUACUGCUUGCCUGUGCUACACCAAUCCUCGUGAUUUGUUAUUUCAGCUGAGUAGCGGAAGGUCAAACUGUUUCUUUACAAGGAACUAUAAUUAAAAUACUUGAAGAGCCGUCAAAAUAUACAGAUGACCUUCCUUUUCUUUUCUCUCCCCGCCAAAACAAAGCAAAAUGAGUAAAUACCUUUCGAUGCAGGUACACACGGAGCCUCACUUGCCAUGCCUAGCCUGCUAAAAACGUCGUUUUCUCGCAGGCCCGAGACCAAUAUUGGUAUUUGCCACCGAUAUUCUUUAAAAUGUGGAACCAUAUUUUACUCCUUGCAAUAACUAGCCGUCCAGCACGGCGGAUUUCCCUGAAUCAUUACACCGACAGAGAAUGCUUUUGUAGGGGGGGAGUAGCAGUUGCUUAGCUCCCCACCAACAUUUCUUAAAGAACGCUUUAGCCUUAGCAUAUUCAGUAGACACAGCUUUUUUUAAUUAAAAAAAAAAUGUUUUGUGCUGAAGUCUGAAUAUACAACAUGGCCUCAUUAAGGAACUCAUGUUUUAAAAAUGCUACACAAACAAACACACACUAACACACAUAUGCACUUACCCUGCUAUUUUGGCAACAUUUGCCUCUAAGAAACACAUAGUAUCCUGACCUUCAUUUCCCAUCCCUGUCAAAUAUGCGUUAUAUCAUUUUUGCCCGACUUUCGUACGCAAGCGUCUCUGUCUGUUGGUUUUUCAGAAUAAGGCAUCCGUGCCCCGUAGAGACAUCAAAGCACGUGGCUUCAACGUGUUUUCCUUUAUCGGUGAAAAAUCGCCCAUGCAGCAUUUGGUGUACAGACAACCUCCAGUAGAUUUCCUGGGGAAUCUGGCUUCCUUCCGUCUCUCACCCCUCCUCACCUUUCCAAUAUCUCAUCUCGCAUAUGGUGUUUAAUAUGUUUCCAAUGCAUAUCAUCUAGCCAGAUCAAUGAGUUCUCCCAUGGACAAUGCACUAUGGACUGCGUCGUUGUUUUUCUUUCUCUCCGCUGCUAAAUAUGUCCCUGUCUGUUAGUUUCUGCAGAUUUUCCUUGAUAGCGAAAUGAAAUCUUGGCCUACUCAGUAAGGCGUUGGAUUUCCCAGCAGAAUGCUACUGAGAUCCUUCUAGAUUAUUAAUCUAUACUAAGGAUAUGUAGCGGAAAGAUACUCUAUCGUAGAUUAUUCUCCAGAAACUACCAGAACUGCCUUUAGGUUAAGUUAUGUAUUAAUUUAGUUAUUUCCAUAUGAAUUUGAGAGAGGUGAAAGAGAUGAUAGAUAUAGAUAGAUAGAUAGAUAGAUAGAUAGAUAGAUAGAUGAUAGAUAGAUUUCUAAACCUAUGCAACACUGGUUCAACCGUGGUAUAUCUAAACGAUGGUUUUAAUGAGCUGGCUGCUGACAUUUGCUCAUCGUUUCCUCCAAAGCCUACUUUUCAAUCCCACUUUCCUCCAAAGCCUAUUGGCAAGGUCAAAUGUGAGCUCUUGUGCGACUCUGUGUGUGUGCAAGAAGAAGGCGCCUUGCAGCAUGUGGAGUUGUUUAUGUGGGAGUGCCCGAGACUAGUAAGAAGCUAUGCACCACAAGGCCACGAAUCCGUAGGUUCUGGGGUUUCAGAUCCUAACCUAGGUUAUGUAGCCAUCUCUGAAGUAAAGGGGUUGUCAGGUGAGAGAGCUUGGAGGGGCAUUUGUGAGAUGGGAAAUAUGUGUCCAUAGGGACACGGUACGGAAAAGAGGAGCGAGCGAGAUGGGCAAGGAGCCUAGGGAAGAGAAAGCGUUGUCCCACCUCGUCGCCUCAGGCCCUUCAUCCAAGGCCUGGAACAUUUCCACCCUUCCUCUGGAAGGCAAGCAUUGAUAGGGAUGAACACACAAACUCACAGACGAAGCUUCCCCCCUUUGUCAUUUCAGAAGACCCCACAGCUUUAGAGAUCUCUCCUCACACCCUUGUAAUCCUGUUCACAUACAGUGCUGCUAGGCGCUUCUGCUGGGUUUGGCUCCACGGCCACUGCUGGGAAAGCAAGGUGGGGCGAGGGCGACACAGAGCUUAUCGCUCAAUAACCUGUGACCUGCAGACACGCCACCCCGCCAUCCCAAUAAAACACGCACACCCGCACCUUUCCCCACCCUGGUCCUUUACGCAAAGUCUCCCUGGAUUCCCUCUUUUCCUUGCAGGCGAGAAACCCUUCAAAUGCGAGUUCGAGGGCUGCGAGCGCCGCUUCGCCAACAGCAGCGACAGGAAGAAGCAUUCCCACGUGCACACGAGCGACAAGCCCUACAACUGCAAAGUGCGAGGCUGUGACAAGUCCUACACGCACCCCAGCUCCUUGCGGAAGCACAUGAAAGUCCACUGCAAGUCCCCACCUCCCAGCUCGGGCUACGAGUCGUCCACCCCGUCGCUGGUGUCGCCGUCGUCGGACUGCGGCCGGGAGCCCCCUCAGCCGCCGCCGCCACCGCCACCGCCACCGCCUCCCGCAGCGGCUUCCUCCACCCAGGCGGCAGCCAACCUGAGCGAAUGGUACGUGUGUCAGAGCUCAGGGGCCAGCGGCAUCCCGACUCCACCCAGUAACUCUCCGUCACCUCACCCGGGAGAGGCCGCUUACACGAACUGCGAGCCCCGGCCCACUUAUUAAAGUCAAUACGGUAGGAUGGCCCGCCGGCGGCGGCGAGACUGCAUUGUUCUUUUCGGGGUGCUGUGGAUCCUUGGCUCACACUGGACGAACGGCGGGUCGGCAAGGCCCGGUUCUUGGGGGAGGGGCGGAAAUCGAUCCCAGGCCUGGGGAGCAACCCCCCUCCCCCCCUCCCCAGCCUCUUCCCUCUUCCCCCAGUCAGUCACCUUCGAUCAGAAAUGCUGCACAGGCUAUCGGAGAGAAGAUACAUUGGGGGGGGGUGGACAAACCUCCUCCCUCUCUCCCCCACCCCCGUUUUGUAUUUAUUAUGGCACAGAGGACAGCAGACCCCCCCUCCCGCCACCUCCCCCUCCCCGCACCUCUUUCCAUGAGCUCUUCUUUUUAUUUUACACCCUCCCAGGGCAGACUCCGCGGACCAACUCCUUCCCAUACGUUUACAAUGGCCUCGAUUUGAAUGGAAACAUCCUUUUGUAUCAAUGAACCAAAGUGUUUUAAUACGGAUUUCUAGCUGUACAGCUGCGAUCGUCGGUGCUGGUAUCUUGUGA